ACAAUAAAACAAAUCCUCUUUUUGCCGCUAAUGCCGCGAUUUUUCUACGUUAAUUUCACUUUCUAUUAGCCUAUAAUUCCACAUUCAAUUCUUCUUCAUUGUACUCCUUAGCCUCCACCUCCGCAAUUCUCGCUCUAAAACGUUCAAUUUUUCAAGAAAAAUCUAAUCUUUUCCUAAAAAUUAUGUACACCAUUUUUAGUGAAAUAAUUAUUAUGUUGCUUUCACUUAAAAGUUAGCCAACAAAACCAAGAUCACUAUCAUUAAUUCUCCAUAUAUAUAUAUAUAUAAUAAUUAUAAUUCUUACACACUUCCCCAUUUCCAAAUUCCACAUUCCUUUUACUAAUUUCAACCAAACAAUUUUUUUUUUCAUUUCUACGAUCUGGGUUUUCUUCAAUGAUCCCUAGAAUCUCUUGGGUUUUUGUUGUUUUUUAAUUUCAUUUUUAAAAUUUUGAUUUUUGAAAAUUAGGUAUAAAAAAAUGGGUUGUGUGAGCUCUAAGGGUGGAAUGUUAGUGACGCCGGCGUUGGAUUAUUCUGGUGUUUUUAAGGACAAUGUAGUUGUGGGUGGUUCUGGUUGUAGUAAAGUGGGUCCCACUGAGUCAGAUGGUAAUAAAAAGUUUAUAUUGGGUUCCAACAAUGGUGAGUCAGGGCGAGUCAGCUCUACUGGUGGAAGCGAGUCAGUGAGUUUUAGAUUAGGGAAUUUGCAGAAGUAUGUGGAAGGUGAACAAGUGGCUGCAGGUUGGCCAACCUGGUUGAGUGCUGUUGCUGGUGAAGCUAUUCAUGGUUGGUUACCUCUCCGAGUUGAUGCUUUUGAGAAAUUAGAAAAGAUUGGUCAAGGUACAUAUAGUAGCGUUUUUCGAGCACGUGACCUUGAAACCGGGAAGAUAGUGGCUAUGAAGAAGGUUCGAUUCGACAAUUUUGAACCCGAGAGUGUUAGGUUUAUGGCGCGAGAAAUUUUGAUUCUCCGUAGGCUUGAUCAUCCAAAUGUCAUCAAGUUGGAAGGAAUUGUCACAUCUAAAUUAUCAUGCAGCAUAUACCUUGUUUUUGAGUAUAUGGAACAUGAUCUUGCAGGACUAGUUUCUUGUCCAGACAUCAAGUUUACUGAAGCUCAGGUAAAAUGCUAUAUGAAGCAACUAAUAUCAGGAAUCGAGCACUGCCAUUCACGAGGUAUAAUGCAUCGAGAUAUUAAAGGAUCGAAUCUUCUGGUAAAUAAUGACGGAAUUUUGAAGGUUGCUGAUUUCGGUUUGGCCAACUUCUGCAGUACAACACACAAACAUCAACUAACAAGUCGUGUUGUGACUCUGUGGUACCGACCCCCUGAACUCCUUCUGGGGGCAACAGACUAUGGCCCGUCUGUUGACCUCUGGAGUAUUGGUUGUGUAUUUGCUGAAAUUCUCCUGGGGAAGCCUAUCCUUCAAGGAAGAACUGAGGUCGAGCAGCUGCAUAAGAUCUUCAAACUAUGCGGCUCUCCCCCUGACGAAUAUUUGAAGAAAUCGAAACUUCCUCAUGCCACUCUUUUUAAGCCACAGCAACGUUACGAGAGUUCUCUUCUAGAAACUUGUAAAGAUAUGCCUGAAGCCGCAGUGGAGCUUAUUGAAACUUUGCUUUCCGUGGAGCCAUACAAGCGUGGAAGUGCGUCCUCAGCUCUAUGCUCGGAGUACUUCAGCAGUAAACCAUAUGCGUGCGACCCAGCAACUUUGCCUAAAUACCCACCUAACAAAGAAAUUGAUGCAAAAGGCCGCGAAGAAGCAAGAAGAAAGAAAGUCGGUGGAAGAGUCUGUGGGCUUGAAACAGGAAGAAAGACAACAAAGAAACCAACGGAUGUACGCAAACUUGCCCCAGCUGAGGAGCUGCCAUUGCCACCCCAAGUUCAAGAAACACGGAGAGUCAAAAUCAAUGGAAGUUUAGCACUCUUUCAUCCUGAAGAAAACAUAAAAGGAAGGGAACCACCAAAACAAUCAAUUGAUCGACGAGAAGAGGCUUCCGAUUUGAAGAGUACUGCCUCUCAAGAAGACGUACCAUAUUCAGGCCCAUUGCAAGUUUCAGCAUCAAGUGGCUUCGCGUGGGCUAAGAACCGUAGAGAUGAUCUAUUUGUUAGAUCACACCGACGGUCUAGUUCGAAGCUUAGCUUUAAUGGGUUAGAGACCUAUAUAACAUCAAAUGAAAGAAAGGAUUCUGAGUUAAAGAAGCAUGAUAAUGUAGAUAUUUCUCUUGGAGCUCGCGCUGUUUCUAGAGGGCAUGAUUACUAUAAUGCACUUAAGCAUACAGUACGGAGACACUGGAGCCAGUUUGAUCACCCCGACUCUUUUGAUGCCUCGGAUGAGUACCAUUCGCAAGAAUUAUCCUUGGCUCUUUAUCAAAAGGAGAUGGGAAUAAAAAGAAACCACAUGGAUAAAGACGACAAGGUUGAAUUUUCCGGACCAUUGUUAUCUCAGUCACAUCGAGUCGAUGAACUUCUAGAGAGACAUGAACGUCAUAUUCGCCAGGCAGUUCGAAGAUCAUGGUUCCAAAGAGGCAAAAAACAAGGUAAAUGAAGUAUGAACGGAAGUCACAUUCGAUUACCAAAUCAUCCAAUCUCGGGAUGUUGAACGAACAUACUAAUCAAUGCUGGAAGUUACUCUUUGAAUGCACCACUCGAGUGCGCGCAGGACAUUUGCCUUGUUUUUUGAGUUUUAUAUCACGUUGGUGCAGACGAGACUGAACCGAUGUUCUGAUAUCAAAAAUGAUCCGAGUGACGGUGGAAGUGAGCAGAAUUUGGUGGUUAGUACUCUUGCCUUUGUUGUAAACAAAAAUGGCCCUCAAAAAUUUUAGUGUUAGUAAUAGUAGCCUCUUUGAUGUGUUUUUGUCCAAAUAAUCCAUAAGGAGGAAAAAAUAUAGAAGUAGAAGUAUGUAUAAACUAACUUUAUUUUGCACUUUAAAUUUUCUGAAUUUUGGGGAAACAGGAGAUGAAAAUCAUGCUUGAAAUAGAUGUAAAUUUGGUAAUAGCACCGUGAUAAAAGUGAAUUUCAAACAUCUCAUGUAGAAUUGUGUAAUGGGCUUCUUAUUUGUUGGUGAUAGCGAUUUGAUCACUACGACAUUGAAAUUGUACGAUUGUUAUUCCAUAGAUCGAAGUCCUACAAUCGUGAAUUUAGGGGUGGCAAUGGGUCAGACUCGGCUCGGAUUUUACAUACUCCGACUUUGCUCCGGAUUUUAGUCGAACUUUUUUUUUCAGUCCACCUCCACCCGGAGUCGGAUUAUGCAUACUCCAAGUUUGCCCCGACUCGGACUCUCGGACCUCCAACGGAGUCGGAUACGGAGUCGGAUUAUUAUUAAACUUUAUCGUUGUGAUAUUGUACUAAUGAUUUAAAGCAUAC